AUGCCAACCACAUGUCCAACUUAUGGUCUACCUCUUGGUUCCAUGCCCUUGUUUGAAGGAUUCCCAGGGUUUAUGCAGUCCAUGCUACAGGCAAUGCCUUUACCCUUCUCCACUGAGGCGCAUCAUGUGGUCAACACCAUCGCUCCAUCAAUCGUUCAUACACAUGUGCAACCACACAUUGAAGAUCAACAUCAGAUAUACCAUGCUUCUGAAUCUUCUGAUGAAGUGGACGAAAGACAUGCAUAUAUAAAGGGCACAAAGGAAAAUUACCCGAUCCUUGAGAACAUAUUGAGGGCUAUGGAAGGCGACAAAGUCUUUGGCGCUAAUAUUAGAGAAAUAUGUUUGGUAUUCGGUCUUGUGAUCCCCGCGAAAUCCAAGACCCCUGACUUUAAUAAGUACGAGGGUCACUCAUGCCUCAAAAUUCAUCUCAUUAUGUACUAUCGUUGUUUCCAAGACUUAUAUUUCGCUAAUAUUAGAGAAAUAUGUUUGGUAUUCGGUCGUUGUUUCCAAGACUUAUAUGAUGCCUUCAUUAAGCACUACAAAUAUAACAUGGAUAUGGCCCCGGGUAGGAGGCAGUUGCUUAGCAUGUCCCAGAGAGAUAACGAAUCUUUCAAGGAAUACGCACAACAGUGGAGAGAGGAGGCUUCACAAGUCGAACUGCCUCUGGCAGAGAAGGAAUUGGAAGAUUGGUUCAUGGACAUUAUGAAGCCUAUGUUUUAUGAAAUAAUGGUGAGUAGCGUAUCAUCAAGUUUCUCUGACUUAGUUGUCGUGGGUAUAAAGGUUGAGGUUGGAUUGAAAAAUGGCAAGAUGAUAAUUGCUGCCAAAACCUCCGAUAACAAUGCUAGGAAAUUUUCGGGAGGUUUUUAG